AUGCGCCAGGCCACAGCACUGGCACAGCGCAAGGCGCGUGCUGUGCGGCUUCUGGGGAGCGAGGAUGUACCUGGCAUCGGGCUGCCGGAGCUGAUGGCUCGGCUGCAGGAGACAGAGGGCAUUGCUCUCACAGGAGAGCAAGCUUUGGCCAUGGCCGAAGCCGUUGGCUUCACGGAAGAGCCCUACUUCUUCCGCUUCGACGAUCUGAACUCCGAGGCCUUUGACAAGAAGCUCCUGAGCAUCCAAGCUGAGGCUCAAGCAAAGGCCAUGGAAGCCAAGCGCGCCGAGGAGGCAAAGGCCCGAGCGGCCCAGGCUCAGGCCCAGGCAGCCGCGAGCGCUUCAAGCGCUGCCAGCUCUGCAAACGCGACCCAAGAGGUGGUCAACGAUGAUCGAAGCUUGGGACCGAGAAUCACCAGCUGCCUUGCCUACAUCUUGCCGCUGACAGAGGCGUUCAAGCUCAUGUUCCCCCUGAUUCAGAUCUUCCCUCCGUUGGGCAUUAUUUUCGGACCCAUUACGCUGGCGACACUUCUUCUGAACUAUGUUCCAUUUGUCCCUUUGCUGCUCUUCGUACUCUUCAUCGUCCUGGCGCAAUCAAAAGACAACGUACCCAGAUUACUUCGCUUCAACCUUGAGCAGGCAGUGCUAGUGGACAUGGCGCUGACAAUUCCAAGCUUCAUCCUCUCAACCAUGCAGCUUUCUGGUGCCGGCGAGGCAGUUCUCGUGGGAGGAGCCUUGGUCUUCGCCCUGGUCUUUGGCAUAUCAGUGUAUGCCGCGGCCUGCAACUUGGAUGGGAAGGACCCGGACGGAGUGCCAUUCAUUUCCAACAUCACGAAGAAUGUGGUGGAUAGGCAGACGUUUUUCGAUGAGUCGAACGAUGAUCAAAAGUGA